AUGCUCUUCCGCCGUGUCUCGGAGGCAUACGAGGUGCUCUCCGACCCGGUAAGGCGUCGGGCGCACGAUGCCGAGCUGGGGAUCCAGACACACUGCGAUCAACAACCAUCUGCGACAGCAGCCACCGGCGCGCCGUCUGUCGCUAACGCACAGACGGGUACGAGGGCCGGCUCUCCCGCCGGUGGCGCACAGUCGUUCUCUGCAUCUGCGCGAAGACGGAAGAGCACAGCAUCGACGACCUCGUCGACGUCCUCAACAGCCUAUCAGCAGCAGCAUCGUCGGUAUCGCAAGCCGUUUGUACGCGGUGAUGCCAAUCGUGUCUUUGCCGACGCGUUCGAUGGAAAGACGCUGGACGAAAUUCUCUUUGACGUACAGCGUCGUCGCCGUCAGGAGAAGGCCAGAAGCGCGGCAGCGGCGCCACGGUGUAAGGCGGACGGCGAUCCCAGGGAUGCAGCGUCCAAUGACGUAACGAGAUCGUCGUCGCCACCCCCACCUACGGAGGAAAAUGGCCUUCUCGACCGCGACGCACGCCUGCGCCACGUAAUGGAGACGGCCGCCGAGCUGUUUGCGCAGCGAGCGCAGCGGCAGUACGGGCACGGCAUUCUUCGCCACAUACGUGUUGCAUCCAGUCCGCUGCCCGAAGGCCCAGCCGCUCCGCCUGAAGCGUACAUGCCGUUCCGUCCGUUCGUUGGCAUGCCGGCUCCUCCAGGCGUGCAGACCCCGCCGGAGCCGCGACUAGGGAAGGUGCUAAGUUCUCAAGAGGCCACCGUAGACAGCAGCGCCCCGGAGUCGCAUGGUACAGCUUGGUACGAGAUUCCCAAGCAGUUUCACACGCACACGUACGCCGACGGCACCCCGCAGAGUCGCGCCACGAGUUUGGCCAAGGCAACCAAGUAUAUCCAAGGGAUGCCGCACAACAUGGGCCAGCUCUACUCGUAUCACCGCCCGUACUAA